AUGCAUGGACUGGACAUCUUCCAGCAGAUAGCUCCCACAAGCGCCAGGAGCAGAGAUAAGAGCAUCAACCGAGUGACGCGCUUCCAAAAUAGGCUGAAGCUGUUCAAAGGCGACAGCGAGAUUGAUGCCGUCAUGAAAGACAUUGACGGCGUGGAUGCCUCCAAAUACGUUGUGGUCGGAAGCCCAGCCGAGCGGUGA